AUGUGGUUCAGCAACCCUGCUCCCCACCCGCCACCGAGUGUCAACAAAGACGAUGUUGCAGUGGAAACCAGACUGAAACAUCAGGGCUACAGGGGUGAUUCCAAGAUGAAAUUUGAAGACAUUGUGAAGAUCCUGGGUGACUUUGGCUCUUAUCAGAAGAAGCUUUACUUCCUGUUGUGUAUCCCCACGAUAUCAAUCGGGAUGCAGACAAUAAUGACUGUCUUCUCACUUGGUGUGCCACAUCACAGGUUGAUGCCGGAGUCUGCGCGCUGGUUGCUCAGUAAACAGAAGUAUGAGGAAGCCGACCAGAUAUUACGUCAUGCUGCCAAAGUCAACAAGGCGACCUUGCCCUCUGAUAUGUUCAGCGAAAACAUGCAAGAGCAGAAGACGGAGGAACCGCUAUGGCAGAUGUUCAAACGUCCCGCUUUGGUUAUCCGCAGCCUCGUGUUGUUUCUCAAUUGGUUCGUUGCCAGUAUUGGCUUCUAUGGACUCGGCCUCAACGUAGCCAACCUGGGCGGGAGUGUCUACACUAAUUUAUUCAUUGCUGCUUUGACUGAACUAGCUGGCCAUGCCUCAUGCCUUGUACUCCUCAAUCGCGUUGGGAGGAAGUCUUUUCAUUGCUUCGUAAUGAUCCUCGGCGGGUUGUGCUGCACAGCUACAAUCCUACCUGAGCUCUAUGGAAAUGGAUCUCUCAACUGGCUGACCAUUGCCUUAGCUUUGACUGGUCAGGGUUUUGUAGUGGCCAGUUUCGACAUCAUCUGGCUUUAUUCUUCGGAGCUCUUCCCAACGGUCAUCAGAAGCUCGGCUCUCGCAGUGGCAAACAUAUUCGCCAGGGUUGGAGGAAUUAUAUCCCCAUACAUUGCUGGCCUGGCUCUCGUGAUUUCUGGAGACUUUGGUCGAAUUGUUCCUCUCAUUAUUAUCGGAACAUCAAUGAUUGUGGCGGGUCUGGCAGCUUUGCUGUUGCCUGAAACUGUAAACAACCCACUCCCCGAUAAUAUAGAUGAUGCAUGGCGGAUGCAAAGGAGGCGCCAUUCUGACGACACAGGGGCUGAUUUUAUCGACUCACAUGGUGACGAGAUUGUGAUUCUACGACCAGUAGAGACUCAACAAGCUGUGAGGAAUAACGGAGUAUCAACAUCGGCCAACAGAACACUUGAGGUUUUAUGA